AAAUAUUUUGCGCCAAAAGUAUUGUUGCGUUUCAUUGAAUGGUUUUGUCGUCAAAUCAAUUGAUCCCAAGAUUUUGAUUGAAUUGUCAUUCAAUGGAUAACAAGAAGAGAGGUUUCGGCAGUUUUGGCAAUAAUAAGGCCAAUACUGGGAAACAGAGUUUCACUAAAACCAAGACUUUUAACGCAAACGCGAAGACCAAUGAAUCGCAGACACAGCAGAAGAAGUCGAGACCUAAUGAUGACAAUAACGACGACGACUUCGACGACACUAUGGAUGAAGACAUGGAUUUUAUGUCUCAAGAGAUGCCCGACGAAGACAUGGAUGCCUUGGAUGAGAAUUUUUCAGCGCCGGAAUCACUUGAGACACACACGCGAUGGUGUCGUCCGAAGAGGGGUGAUGUCGAUCCGGACGCCGACGCCAUUGUCUUUCAACAGAUAGACAUCGAUUCAUAUAUCGGUCCCAUUAGGCCGGGAAUGCCCGGACCC